AAUUAAUCCGCCUUCGUAACGGCCGCCAUUUUGACAACAGCCGUCAAUAAUUUGGUCGGUUAAAAAUAUCAUCGAACAUCGGCCGCUGUAAACCAGUAAUUACAAUUUUAACAACAUAUUUGGCACCAACAAACUAUAUUGGAAUGGCUGAUACAGACAAAUUAAAUAUAGAUAGCAUUAUAGCACGGUUAUUGGAAGUUCGAGGUACACGUCCAGGAAAAAAUGUGCAGUUGACAGAGUCAGAAAUACGAGGACUUUGCCUUAAAUCUCGGGAGCUGUUUCUUAGUCAACCCAUCCUUCUUGAGUUGGAGGCUCCUUUGAAAAUUUGUGGUGACAUUCAUGGACAGUACUAUGAUCUGUUGAGAUUGUUUGAGUAUGGAGGGUUCCCACCAGAGAGCAAUUACCUGUUCCUCGGUGACUACGUCGAUAGAGGGAAGCAGUCACUUGAAACUAUCUGUCUGCUCUUGGCAUACAAAAUAAAAUACCCAGAAAAUUUCUUCCUACUCAGGGGUAACCACGAAUGUGCCAGUAUUAACCGCAUCUAUGGGUUUUAUGACGAAUGCAAAAGACGGUACAACAUAAAAUUAUGGAAAACCUUCACAGACUGUUUCAACUGUUUACCAAUAGCAGCCAUAAUAGAUGAGAAAAUCUUUUGUUGUCAUGGUGGUUUAAGUCCCGACUUGCAGUCCAUGGAGCAGAUCCGGCGCAUCAUGCGGCCGACAGAUGUGCCCGACCAGGGCCUGCUGUGUGACCUGCUGUGGUCAGACCCAGACAAGGAGACCAUGGGAUGGGGAGAGAACGAUCGAGGUGUGUCCUUCACCUUUGGAGCAGAGGUCGUGGCCAAGUUUCUUCACAAACAUGACCUUGAUCUAAUAUGUCGUGCACAUCAGGUUGUUGAAGACGGCUAUGAGUUCUUCGCCAAGCGACAGCUAGUGACCCUGUUUUCAGCCCCCAACUACUGUGGAGAGUUUGACAAUGCUGGUGCUAUGAUGAGUGUUGAUGAAACACUUAUGUGCUCAUUCCAGAUCCUAAAACCAGCAGACAAAAAGAAGUUUCCAUAUGGUGGAUUGAAUGCAGGCCGCCCAGUGACACCGCCAAGGGGAAGUGCGAAAGGCAAGGGCAAGAUGUAGAAUGUCUCUCAAGAAUAGUGCACUGUGGGAUAAUUUUGUAGACACUUGUGUGUACAGAUCUGAUAUGAUCACACUCAUGUCUAUCGUCCAGGAAAAAAGGCUUAAAAUACCAAAAUGUGAUGGAUACGAGGAAUUUUGUUCAAAUGGUCCAACUAAUUUGUGGAUAGAUAUUACUGAUUGUUUCUAUGCUAGACUCUGUCACUAUUAUUUAUCUAGUUUUAUCUUAUUGUAGUGCAAGAAUGAAUGUGAUGUGAGAUUUCUGUGAAUAACAAGCACUGUUCAAAAUGGUUGAGUGAAAUGUGUCAUGAUCAACAUACCAGACUCCGAAUGAAAACAGAUUCGUGAACUUUAUGGUGACAUUUAUAGUUGUGUAAUGUGUUUCAUACUGCAUUAUUUAAACGGAAGUACCUGGUCGAUAAAUUUGUCUUUGUAUUGAUUAUUGAUGUGUAUGGAAAAGGAGGCUGCACCUCACUAUUAUUAGAGGCCACACCUAAUUAUUAUAAAUUCAAACUGAACCCAGUGUAGAAUACUGAUUUGUUCGCAUUGCCCCCAUCAAUGACUUUACAACCCUGUGAUAGAACGCAACAUUUUGCUGUUGUUUUUUUUGUUUUUUCAGUUAACAAACCUAUUUCUUAUUCUCACAAGUACAUGUAACAAGCUUUCUUGUUCUCAUGAUUUUAUGUUUUAUCUCGUGUAGUUUAUGGAAAGGAAUUUUAUCACAAUAUCUUCUACAAAACUGGCUAUUGAUUUCAAUAUAAUUAAUGAAUUGUAUUUCUAAUGAUUAUUUUCCAUUACUGAGAGACUCUUGUGGAAAAGGUUCGAGAGGUUGAAACAUCACUUUUGGUUGAUGCUGUGUUUAAUGGGACUGUCGUGCUGCACUCUGAGGCCCGGGGCUGCAAGGGUCUGGUCACUGUAUGUGACUACCGCUGUUUUGGAGGAAUCGGAGCCCAGUCUGACACAACACACCCAAGUGACUAGCAUACGAAGUUCACCUCGUAUAUUUGCUCUCUAAUUUGAUAUAUGUAAUGACGUUUGUAUAUUGUAAAUAAACUAUGACUAAAUACAA